AUGCUGGGGUCGGUGGUUUGGAAACAGAAGCUCGUCGUGGGUGCCAUGUCUGCGAUUUUGCUUCUUGGGGGAGAUCAAGAACGCGACAGCUUUGCAGCAAAUCUGGCUUACCAGCAGUGUGCAGAGUGCCCCCUCACUGUGUUUGCGAGCUCACCGGGUGCUGGGGCAGAGGAGCGCCUGGCCAAAGUGCAGGCAGCUGGGCAGCUGGUGCUCUCCCAUCGGGCGGUCGACACCGUCACAAACUUCUCAACGAUGAUACCGGAUCUUCAGAAUGCUGGUGUGACACAUGUGCUUUUGGUGACUUCCGCCUACCACAUGCCCAGGGCCGCGGCAAUUGCUGAGAUCAUGUUGAGGUCCUGCAAGAUUACCUUUGAGGCUUGGCCUGUGGAGUGUGCUUCGAGCCGGGCAGGGAAGCGUGAGCCCACAUGGAAGACAUACCGAGCCCCUUGGAUGUCCUUCGAGCUCGAAUCUGGAGCAUUACUGGAUGGGAUUUCCUCUGGCUUGCACGAAUCCUGGUUCCUGUGGCCAGAUGCUGCAGAUGACUCUCAGCCGCUGAGGAUGAAGAUAAAAGAGAACCAGCAAAGACAUUUAGCGAAGCUCUCCGCCUGCAUUCAGAAAGUGCAGUCGAGGGAACAGAUGGAGCCUUUCUGGGUCGAAAGACGGGCUUGGCCGUGGGUGCAUCCUGACACUGGCAGCGCGCAGGUGGCUGCCUGUUGGCUGCCUGUUUUCCUGGGCAGCAGAUCAUCAUGCAUGCCCAGCCGCUUGGGGUUGGCGGAGGAACAUCAGCCACCUUUGCGACACCGCUCAAGCAGCUGCCACCAACGAAACCUGAGCGGCAUCGAUGGCAUCGCCGAGUGCACUCGCGUGAAUUGUGCCACUCCAUUGCAACCUGCCGUAUCGCCAUGGUCUGCUCCCGCUGCCGACAGUGCAUUGAUAACCUCAGACCCGACACUUCACCUUCGACAGAGCUUAGUGAUGCAUCUGGCAGAGGCGGCCCUGUCGCUACUGUAUCACGUUGCAAAGCUUGAGAGCUCUUUGAAAGGAAGAGAUGUGGACGCAAGCUGCGGCACCGUUUUUCAGAUGUGCUCUGCAGGUUCCAGUUGUCAGGCAGAUCUGUGCCCCUUUCGGAUCCAGGUAGAUGGCUUCUCAGGAAGUGCCCCUGUCAUGUUUAACCUGACAAUUCGCAACGGCGAUGCAGUGUGGCAAGUCAGGCGCAGGUUCCGACAGGUCAGAUCGCUCCAUCAGUCCUUGAGCCAGACAUACCUCGCCCGCGGACUGCCGCCACCACCACCACGGGCUACCGUGCGAUCUGUGGUGUUUGGGCAGAAUGACCGUGCUUUUCUUGCGGAGCGUUCUAGAAGGAUUCAGCAAUAUUUGCGGCAACUCACCACCACGAUCCCAUGCGUGGAACAGUGUGAGGCCCUUUAUCAGUUUCUGUGCUAUCUCCACCUUCCCAGAUGGCGAGGGGACCGGGUGCUGGUGGGGGGUGGCGCACCACCCGUAGAUCCGAACGUGGUGACGAAGCUUCCCCGAGCACUUCCUUUGGAGCCUGGCGAGGGUCAGGAGGAAACGGCGCAGAAGGCCGUCGUGUGCGUGGUUUGCCAGGAGGUUAUGGAUGCUGAGGAGGACAUUCGAGUGCUACCUUGCAAGCACGAGUUCCACUACAAGUGCAUCUCAAACUGGCUGACCAAGCGCAAUACUUGCUGCAUUUGCAAUGGCCCCGCAGUUCUGUCUGCGCCACAUUUUACAUAG